AACCGGCGGGGGCGGGGCUUGCCGUAGCGGAAGUUCUGGAGCGAGGCGCCGGCCCCUUGGGCCUCCUCAAGCCGCGGUGUACUCCACCGGCCCCCUGUGGCCUCUCCGUCCGCGGCGGGUCUGUCCCUCCUUCUGUCUCCGGGUGCCCACGUACCCCCCACCUCCGACCGCCGUUCCCGUGUACCCCGCCCCCCGCCGAACCCCAGAGUGCCCACGGCCUCCAGCCUGGGUCCUGAGCCUUCUUCCCCCGUCCCUCCGCGGACCCCGGCCGCGCAGACCCCUCCUCCCCACCGGAGAGGGCGGGCACGUAAGGGCUCCGGGCUGGGCCUGGGGUGAGGCCUGGGCCGCGUGGAGGGGAGGUCUCAGGGUCGGGAGCAGGGCUGUGGCAAGAGCUCUGGGCCUUUCCUUCGCCCCCGGCGUAGCAAGGCCGGGCCCUGAGAGCGUGCCCGCAGUGCUGGCUGAGGGCUGAUGCCCCUGGAACCGUUUGAGAAGGCUGGCAGCGGCGUGGAGUCUGUGCAGGAGGCUGCCGAAGGCUUUCCAGGCUCCCGAGGUGGGGUCGGCAGGGGCAGAGAGGACAGUUCGGGAGGCUGGUGUGGAGAAGCGCUGCGGCGGGAGCUGGGGGAUCCACUCCACCCAGAGGAGUCAGUGAUGCCUGAUCUUUGGCUGGAAGGUGACCCUAGCAGACCCUGAUACUGCCACCAUCUGCCCCCAGGGACUCAGAUCUCAGAGGUGUGGACAAGCAGCCUACUAGGGCUAGAGAUGGACAGCAGGAAACUGUCCCCCCAGGGGAAGAAGCUGGAGUCGCACCUCUCCGAAGAGCACAGGCGGCCCCCACUGGGCCUGACAGCAGCCUGGGGCCAGCCCAGUAUCCAGAGCAGCGUUCAGCAGGGACUGCAGACUCAGGACUGGGUGUGCGAGCCGCCGGAACGCAGGCGCCCGGGCCGCCACUGGAGCGUCAGCAUCGACGAGCGCCGGCGGCUGGCCACGCUGGGCGGCCGGGAGAGGCCGGGCGCCGCCGGGGCCCAGCUGCCCUGCAGGGACGUCGUGCAGAUGGUAGCCCAGCUGGUGUCGGAGGACGUGGACAAGGACGUGCUCCUUCCCCACCCGCUGAGGUCUACCGAGUCCACCAACGCCUUCCAGGCCUUCCUGGCGCGGAGUGCGCCUUUCUGGCAUAAUGCAACUUUCGAGGCCUCGAGGUCACCCCCUUCCUAAGAGCCCCAUUCAGCCCA